AUCUACGAGCGGUUGUCAGCCUGUUUUGUUUGUUUCCGUGGGAGUCGAUGAUUUGGAGACUCACUCGGCUGAGUUGGUGACCCAAAGAAGAUCCAUAUGUUCCAUCUUAGUCACUUAGUCACCGAGCAGACAAGCCUUUUUCGGAGUUCGACUGAUAGUGUUUCCCAUUGUUUGUUCCAGAAGAAAACACAGUACUAAAAAGCCAGCCUACACAAAUUCACGCGGAAAAUCCAAAGUGCAAAAUGUGUUCUGGAAAAUGCCAGAAGAAUUUCUCUACAUUCUGACGCCCCCUUUUCUUCUUGAGAUAUAUAUCUAUGGGUAUUUUCAUAAUUUUCUACCUGUUGAGAGUGUUGAUUUGAUGUGGCCAAUAUGAAAAUACUUCGGCCACUAAAUGACUUAUGAACUAUUUUAAGCAUCUGCCACUUUUGCCUUUUUCUCGAUUUUCCUCUGCUGAGUCACGUCGCGUGCGUUUUCUAUCAGACGAAAGAGAUGACGUCGCUGAAAACAAAGGAAUUUUGCAGCAUUGUUUUGAAAUUUAUGCCAGCAAUUUGGUUGAAUUAGUGCCGCAUCAAUCAUAUAUUUCAUUAAUUAAAAUAUGCCAUGAAAAUAUAUGUUUAUGUAUAUAAACAUGUUUUAUGUUUUGCGCUGAUUCUAGUGCAUUUUAUUCCGGUUUUUGCUCCCAACAUUUGGGGGACAGGCCCUGUAUUUGGCUGUGUACCCAGCGCAGCCAAACAGUGAGGCAAUCACCCAUCGAAAUGGGCCAAAAGCACACCAACACCAGUGCAGCAGUGCACUCGCUGUGUGUGUGUGUGAGUGUGAAAGUAGUGAAAGCUGAAAGCCGAGGGCGAACGGGGCCAAUACUUAUGCUUAUGCAAGGCAGCCGAGAUGCCGACGCCACCGCCCCAAAGGGAGGCACAAAUCGGAGAACAGGCGACAUUCAUCGCAGGACGUGCGGCACGUGAAGUGUUCACUGUACUUUCGGAGCGGAGGAUAAGUCAAGAAGUCAACAGAGGAAGCUACAGCAUGUCCGCCCCCCACUCGCUGCCCGUGACGUCACGACUGUUGCUUCUGGUGGUGACGCUGCUGUUCUGCCCGGUGCAGGCGCAUCUCUCGAAGCGAAGCUACUCGGACCAGAGUGUCCACGGCUACAUGACCGAGCGCACCUGCUGGUGGAACGAGGUGUGCAAGGAGGAGUUCCAGAGCCUCUUCCGCUGCAAGUGCCCCCAGUUCUCCUACUGCCGCUCGCCGGGACGCUACUACAAUGCCUACUGCUCGAUGACGGACACCGGUUAUAUUUGGACCCAGCCGAACUGGGAUUGGGGGGCGUAGGAUGAAGCCGCUCCGGACUAUGCCCCCGCCACGCCCCCUCACCGCCAGCACAGCUCGCUGUGACGUCAAACACACUGACUGCCGACCAAAUGACUCCGCAGCCCAAACGAAAAUAACACCAGCAGGAUACCCACUUUAAGCCUCCUGCUCCGGCUCCAAAAUAAUCUAGUGGAGAUGAGUUAGUCUUCCCCGUUGUUAUCGCACCUCGCGCUGAGUUAAAAGUACCAAGUGUCGCGUUACUUUUCGCCCGCACUGUUUCCGCGGGGCUGUUGGAAAAUCAAUACAGGCUUUCCCAUUCACGACGGCUUGUGGCAGGGCCACAGUGAAACGAAAGCGACUUGCUCUGCACUUUUCCAGUUUAAAUUGAAAGAAACCAAAUAUGUACAUUUAUACG